AUGCCGAAGGUUUAUACUGCUUUGCUCAUCGCAUUGCUUCUCUUGUUCUACAAGCCAGGCCACAAAGUACCUACUGUUGGACCAAUGCGGAUAGCAUCAUACAACCUGCGCUACGAUUCGCAACCGGACAAUAUUACUGUUCAACAAUCCAUCGAUGCGCUGCCUAACCCCUUGACAAGUCCGCGCUUCCUGUUUAAGACUGGCGAACAGCCCUGGAGCUCAAGGCGAAUCAAAGUAGCCCAGCAUCUGUUGAGUGAGGGGCCUGCGUUAAUUGGCUUUCAAGAGGCUCUUAUCAGGCAGGUCAAGGAUCUAGCUCAGUUGUUAGGGGAUGAGUGGGCAUGGCUCGGUGUGGGGCGAGACGACGGCGCUGAGGGUGGCGAGUUUUGUCCAAUUUUCUACAAGAAGACACAGUUCAAACUAAUUAGCCAUGACUCGUUCUGGUUGUCAGAUUUUCCAUUCGAGCCAUCUAAAUACCCUGAUGCUGGUUCGUUCCGUGUCUGCGAAGUAGCUCGAUUCACCACGACGACUGUCACCAACUCUACGAAGACUUUCACGCUCAUCAACACCCAUCUUGACGAGCGUUCCGAUCGCCAGCGCCGACUCUCUGCCUCGCUCCUGCUCACCCGUGCGCGUUACGAAGCCUACACGUCCGGUGGCCCCGUAUUCGUCACGGGCGACUUCAAUAGUGCUGCCACGGGCUAUGAUUCGGGCGCUUAUCAAAUUAUCACUGGUCACAUUCCGCCCGUACCUAUUGAUUCAACGUUCGAAGCGAAGUAUGCAGUGCCUCCCGACGCGUUCCCGCAGUUCAUCAUGCAGGACCUGAAAGCGGAGACUCCGCGCAUGCACAUAUCGGGCGAUUUUGCCACGUUCACAGGUUUUAAUAGGCCGGGAGACCCGUCGGUCUUCACGAGAGUAGACUUUGUCUUUGGCGGGAGUAACGGGGGAUGGUGA